AUGAGUUUUGUGCUCGAAAAUCUUUGUGCACUUUUGGCUAGUUGGAACGGUCUGAUCACCAGUUUGAAUCAAGUUGAUCACAAAAAAACCACUGCUGUAGUUCUAAUUGCAUCGACUGCUCUGCUCCUGUAUAAGAAUCGAAGUCAAUUGUGGAAAAUCAUGGAGAGUUUCGGAAUGGCUGGCGGCGACCUGACGCGUGGCUUCAGAAACGGGUAUCGUAGUAGCAUGUUCAACAAAUGGGGUAUGAAAAACUCAGCACAGGAAGAAACGAUGCUCGAACGUGGUGGAUACGUGGGUGGUUUGGUGAACGAUGGCAAUACGUGCUUCAUGAACUCGGUGCUACAAAAUCUGGCUUCGUCCCAAAGCUUGCUGCGAUUUUUGGACGAAGAGGUCAUCGAGGCCCAAAGAGAGCUGGAAGAAGCGGCCACAGAGAACGCAGCUACAGACGCUGUGGACCAAGAGUCUCAGGAGACUGCGACAGCAGCCAAGGGACAAGCAAAAACCACCAAGGGAUCCAAGAAAAAAAGCUAUGGUAAACGCAAGAAGAGACAGAACAGAGCCACGGAAAAGGAACUUGCAGAAGCGGAAGCCGAAAGUGAUACCGUGGACGUGAUGUUUAGUGCGACUUUGAAAGACCUUCUCGAUAAGCUGAACGAAAAGCACCAGAGAGAAAGGCCGUUUUUUAGAACUAACAAGCUUCUGAAAACCAUGUCGAAAGCACCCAACAAAAGCUUGCUUCUGGGUUACGAUCAAGAAGAUGCUCAAGAAUUUUUCCAAUCGAUAUUAUCUGAGCUGGAGAAAAACGUCAAGUCGCUGCAUCACAAGCCUACUAAAGCUGACACUGCACCCGUUCCAGCAUCGGCUCUGCCUGAGGAUGCCGUGGUGGGACAACAAAACCUAGGCACCAUUGGCACUGUGUAUAUACCCACAGACCAGAUCGAACCCAACUCCGUUUUGGCACAGGACGCACAGCGUUGUUAUACUCCUUUUAAAUUGUUGACGCCGUUCGACGGUAUCACUGCUGAACGUAUCGGCUGUUUACAAUGCGGUGAAAACGGUGGUAUUCGUUAUUCUGUCUUUUCGGGCUUGAGUUUGAACUUGCCCAGCGACAACAUGGGGUCCAAUCUGAAAUUGUCAGAACUUUUGCACGAAUGGUCCAAACCUGAGAUAAUCGAGGGAGUCGAAUGCAAUCGGUGUGCCCUCAAUGCAGUUUUGGAACACCUAGAACGGACAUUGAUGCAGUACCAGGCCGCAGAAGCAGUUUCUGAAAAACUCGUUAGUGCAGUUGGGUCCAGGGUUCAGCAACUCAAAGACAUUUUAGCCAAACCUGUGGUUGCGGAUGAUGACUACAAGAAGCUGCAUACGGAAAACAUGAUACAAAAGACUUCCAAAUCGAAACAGAUUUUAAUUUCUCGUCCCCCGCCACUUCUUUGCAUUCACAUCAACAGAUCUGUCUUUGACCCACGCACGUACACGAUCAGGAAGAACAACUCCCGAGUUUUGUUCAAAUCCAAACUAAAUCUAGCUCCUUGGUGCUGUGACAUCGAUGAGAUCAACUUAGAUGCGCGUCUACCGAUGUCAAAGAAAGAUCAGCGACUGAUGGAUUCCUCUGAGGACGAAAAUGUCGGCGACGAGUUUUUUGCUCAAUUGCACCGUCGCUACGAAGAGGAGUUUGACGAAAGCGACGAGGAGGAUGAAACUAACUACCAGCGUGCAGACCGCGACGUAUCGGAUUACGAUCCUUUGAAGGGUGAACUGAUCACCUCGAGCGACGAUGAAGAAGACGAAUCCGAGGACGGGGACUACGAGCUCGACAAGCUCGGUAACAGGGUUUACAAGCCAAGCGAAAAAACUGAGGCUGGCUCGGAUAGCGAAGACGACUCCGGUGCAGAAAACGGUGCAGCUGUCGCGCAUGAUCCAGAGGCGUGCGACAGUGAGGACUCGGGCUCUUCCGACGACGAAGCGGGGAGUCUAGACCAAGAAAUCGAGGACGAGGAACAACCUGCUGUUGCUACAGUUGCUCCUCCAUCUGUUGCCGUCCGGUCGACGCCUAGCGUAUCGACAGUGCCAGUGGGGCCACUCACAUAUGCGCUCCGGUCUGUCGUCGUACACUACGGAACCCACAACUAUGGCCAUUACAUUGCGUUCCGGAAGUUCAGAGGCCUGUGGUGGAGGAUUUCCGACGAGAGUGUUUACGUCGUGGAGGAAGCAGAGGUGCUGUCGACGCCCGGUGUAUUCAUGAUGUUCUACGAACACGACUAUAACGAAGACAGUCACAAGAUGAACGACGACAUGCCAUGGGCCAAUGACGACGUGGAAUCUGCUACAGAGAUGGUGGACGAAAAUUAG